ACCGUUUCCGAACGUCCCGACGAGACGCCACAAAAGGAGGAGAGGUCUGUGUGCGGCGAUCGACCGACAAUUACACCACUAAAUACCUGAAAGCAAAUAUGCAUACAAACAAAUUAUAAUACGUACGGGAUAUUAACAGUUAAAUUGCUCGCGUUAGUUAGAAUUAUAGCACUUUCCUUUCCUAAUAGCUCAUGUUUAUGCGAGAAUGAAGGCAGCUUGGUGUCAGAGUAGUGUCAGUGUGCGUCUGAUCAGAGUUGACAGGACCGGCAUCUCCACUGUGGACCCAUAUUGUGAGAAAUCACUUUCACUCACUGCACUCUACUCCGGUCUUGGACUCUUGCUUGCAGCUGCGGGAGCCAUGGAAGGAAGGCUGCAUUUUUUCACUCUCAUCUGAAUUGCCGAGUGCUCGGUUCGGCUCCACCGAUUGCAUCGCGGAGCUCGUUUCCGAGGAGCAGCAGGGCUGAGAGCUCCAUCCAUGCAGCCGCAAAGGGGCAGCAGCAGCGCGGACGGGGCCGGUCCUGCAUGGAUGGUUAUGGGGAAAGGAGCGGGACCUUCGGUGGCAGCAGCGGCCAGGAUCCUCGCCGCACUCAUUUACCUGUUUCCCGCGGUCAGUUUACAGUGUAAGAUCCUCAAGUGUAACUCGGAAUUCUGGUCCUCCACCUCCGCUUCGGGCUCCGAGAUGGACUUCUGCAUUGCUCUGAGAGCCUACAACACCUGCGUCCGCCGCACGGCGCGGACCUGCCGCGGGGACCUUGCCUACCACUCGGCCCAGCACGGGAUCGAGGACCUCAUGGGCCAGCACAACUGCUCCAAAGACGGGCCCACCUCCCAGCCGUCCCAGACCAGGAGAGGAUCUCAGGACCCGCUGCCACCGCCAGACAGCCAGGAGCGCUCCGAUGGUCCAGAGAUCUGCCACUACGAGCGCAGCUUCCCUCGGCACUCCGCUCCGCCAAACUAUACUCACUGCGGCUUCUUUGGAGACCCGCACCUCCGUACCUUCAGCGAUGACUUCCAAACCUGCAAGGUGGAGGGAGCAUGGCCCCUCAUUCACAACAAAUACCUGUCUGUGCAGGUGACCAACGUGCCAGUUCUGCCUGGCUCCGCAACUACAGCCACAAACAAGAUAACCAUCAUAUUCAAGAACUUCCAGGAAUGUGUGGACCAGAAAAUGUAUCACGCAGAGACAGAUGAGCUCCCGGCGGCUUUCGCGGACGGCUCAAAGAAUGGGGGCGACAGGCAUGGGGCCAACACCCUGCGCAUCGUAGAGAAGCAGCCGGGGCAGCACGUGGAGAUCCACGCCCGCUACAUCGGCACCACUAUUGUGGUUCGCCAAGUAGGCCGCUACUUGACGUUUGCCAUCCGCAUGCCGGAGGAGGUGGUGAACUCGCAGGAGGAGAAGGAUGACCAUGGUUUGUACCUGUGCCGUGACGGCUGCCCGCUCAGCCAGCGCAUUGACUUGAGUUCCGCCAAAGACGGCCGCGGCUCAGCUGGAGAAGGAGGGCCCCCGUCACGCGGCUUCACCUACCAGUCAGCGAUGGCUGCGUGCAAGGUGCGCCUCCCAGUGGAAGACCUCUACUUCCAUUCAUGCGUCUUUGAUCUUAUCACAUCUGGAGAUGUCAGCUUCACAAUGGCUGCUUAUUACGCCCUGGAAGAUGUGAAAAUGCUCCAUUCGGACAAGAGCAAAUACCAUAUUUUUGAAAGGUCGUGGCCUGUGAGCAGUUCGGUGCCAGGGAAGCCCCUGGCCAGAGCUCUGUGUUUUGUCAACUUCCUGGCUGUCGUCUUGUGGAUUCAGUAUUGUUCUCUGCAUCUAUAGUCUUUUACUUGCAUUGACAUUACAACUGCCCCCCUCCCCCCAUCGUCUGUGCCUGCAAGUGACCCUUUCGCAGUGUCAUACCUCUUGUUGUACAGCACUGUUCAAUGACCUCAUACCAUCUGCUGUAGUCUGUCUUGUGGGAAAAGAUGUACCUCGAAGCUUUAGGACCUCGGCAUCAAUUCAAUUCAAUUUUCAAUUCAAUUUAUUUUAUAGAGCGCUCUUCUCAAGCAGU